AUGAAAGUACAUGUAGCCAUUGGAAGAGACCUUUAUGAUGGACUAUCAACUAUACAAUGGGCCUUAAACAAAUGGUCUAAUAAUUCAAUCAGCAUAGUGGUUCUCCAAGCAGCAAAUAACAUACGCAAAGAUUAUGUAUACACACCUCUUGGGAAACUUCCUGCAAGUUCUGUGAGUGAUGAGAAGCUGAAAGAUCUUGACAAGAGCGAGGAAGUAAAUAAUGACAAAAUAUUAUCCCAGAUUAUAGCCUCCUGUGGAAGGAUUAAAGCUGAGGUUUUCAAGAUGGAGAAAAGUGAAGAGCCUAUUCACAAGCAAUUGCUAGAAAUAAUUUCGAGCCAACGGAUAACCAAAUUAGUCCUGUCAUUAACAAUUAUGAAGUCCUCAGCAUGGAAAUCAAGAACUGCUGUUAGUGGAUCGUUUUAUGUUCUUCGUCAGAAACCCCAUUUUUGUGAGCUUUUUGUUAUAUGUGGAGGGAGAUUGCUUUCGUUGAGAAAAGAAAAUAAGGACGGACUUAUAGAGGACGAUAGAGGAAACGCAGUUGCCAAGUUUACGGAGAAGAAUGGCUUUAGAAGUUUGCUAGGUAGAAGACAUUCUCCGGAUUCACCUUCUUCUUCGUCUUCAGGAAGCAAUAAUUCACCUGCCGAGUGGGAAAAGUACAGUGAAGAGAUCGAACAAUAUGUUAAUCAACUGUUGGCUUUAAAUGAAGAGGAAGAAGAAGAAGAUGCAAAUUGUAAUGAAAGUUCUGCAGAUUCAUUUAUGCAGGAAAAUAUGAGUAAAGCAGAAAGAAUUGAAGCUCUUAAACUCAAAGUGCAAAGAGCUGAAGAUGCAAUGCACUUGAACAGAAAAGAAGCAAACGCGAAUAAGGGAAGGCGUGCAAAAGCCGAACGGGCUAUUAGUCUAUGUGGUACCUGGGCUAUGGAACUUGAAGGUUGCGUAAGUGAAGAGGUCCUGAAAAAUUCUGGUAUAAAGAAAGAACUAGACUCCAGAAAAGAUGAGCUCUUUGAACUUCAGGGUGAGGUUGAGGAAAAAAGAAGUAAGCUGAACUCAAUUCUAGAACUCCAACGAGAACUCAAUAACAAACUCCAAUUAUCCUCUUCUGCUAAAUCACGUGCUGAGGUUCAACUGGAGAAAGCAGGGCGAACAAGAAAUGAUAUGGUUCGAGAAAUUGAGGAGUUGAGAGGGCAAAGAGAUGUUAUCCAACGUAGAAUCGAGUUCUGUAGAGAAAAAGAUGCAAUGGGUAGUGCUGACACAUUGAACACCUUAAGUUUUGAUUACAGAGAAUUCACUGCUGCCGAAAUUAGAGCAGCCACUGAAGAUUUCUCAGAGGGUUUAAGGUUGAAGUCACGUGGUCGAUUGACAAGCGUUUAUAAAGGUUGUAUAAAUCAUAUGACAGUUGCAAUUAAAAUGUACGAUUCAGCAAAUGUUCCGUCCCCUGAAGCCUUCACAGCUAAGGUAUUGCUCAAGGACUAG